AUGAAGGUUCUCGUCCUCUCCGCUACCGGAUGUAUGGGUUCUGGCCUUGUCGAGGCACUAAAGGACGACCCGAAUCACCAAAUCUCUGCCUUUACCCGUAACCCCGAUUCCGACGCCGCAAAACCAAUCAGGGACGCUGGAAUCACAAUCUUUAAGGGUGAUUUUAGUGAUAAAGAGGCACUCGAUAAAGCCUUCUCCUCUGGAUUUGAUGCCGUAUUCUUUACUAUCUUCCCCGACCUUACGGGCGGCGACAAUGAUAUCGAACAGGCAGAAAAUAUCAUCGAUGCAGUCAAACGCUACAAGGUCAAGCAAGUUCUUUAUGGCUCGGUUGCAAGAACCGGAACUCAAGAAAGUUUCGAUCGAGCUUACGCCAAUCUCCCAGAGAGUAGCUUCCUGAAGGUCUACUGGUCUAAGAAAUGGAGAAUUGAGGAUCUGAUUCGUUCCUCCGGGGCUGACUGGACUAUUAUCAAACCUCCAAACUUUAUCCAGAACCUCGUUUUUCCACACUAUGUGGCCAUGAUGUUUCCGGAACUCCCAACCACUCUGACUAUCAAGGACGCUACGGAUCCUAACCAUCCCCAAUGGUGGGUUGACGGUAGUGACACUGGAAGGUUUGCGGCCGAGGCCGUUAAGAAUCCUGGGAAGUUUCGUAACAAGGACAUUACCAUUGGCACGGAGCUUCUGACUAUGAAUGAUGUAGUUGAAAAGUUGAGAAAGGCAACUGGAAAAGACGUCCAGCUGUACAAAUGGCCGGCUGACGAAUGGGAGGCUACAAAGACGCACCCUAUGCACAGCAUCAAACGUGGAUUUUCCGAGUUUGGAUACGACCCAGAAGGAGGAAACCCCACAGAAUAUGGAUUCGAGUUCACACCAAUAUCUAAAUGGCUGGAAGAUGACAAGAAUAAGAGAGGAACUUGGUUAGCGACCUAG